CGACUAUCAAAAUAGUACAAUCAAGCGAAAAGAGCCGAGUCUCAAGAUCUAGAAGUGAGAGCACAAAAACUACAAGUUUCCUCAACUCUCACUAUUGAUAUUGGAUGUUGGAUAUUGGAAAUUGGAGAGUACUAUUUUGAGCGGCUAACUAAACAGGGUGCUAUUGUAAAUUACUGACAACUUGUUAUUGGUUGUUAUGCUAACCCAUUUGUUGCUAUCCCUGUAUUCUCUUUACUUAUUUCCCAGCCCUUCUGUUUCGGCUGAAAAAAAUGCUUCAUUAAUUAGUGCUAUUAAGGAUUGCAAUUUACGGAAGGACAUAUUAUUUCUUCGCGAACUCACUGGAAUUCUGUAGGGUUCUUUUCUCUUUUUGAAAUGUUUCAGACUUUCUGAUGAGUCCGAUGACAAGGUGGACUAUCAUUUUAGUGUAUGUGGAUUCAGAAUGAAUGACAACUCUUCGCUUACCAUAAAUCAAUCACUUAUUGCUGUAGGUGAUGACGAAGUUACAGAAAUCGGAUCUUUCAUAAACUUUAAGCUUGCAUAUGAAGAUAAUCGAUAUGUGAUAAGAUUCAACGACUCUGGAAACUUAGCAGAGCUGAUUCUCGGUUGUGGCAGUGCCAUAGCCUUCCAUCUUGUUAGUCACGAAGGUGAAGAAUCAUAUAUCUUCGAUUUAUUCCAUCCUAGUCUUUGUGGGAUCCACCAGUCUGUGCUAUACACCCUGGUCGUCAUAUUAAUUUGCUGUUCAGUUCUCAUUGUUGGAUAUUGUAUACUAAGCUGUUUGUUGAAAAGAUGCUUAUAUAGACGAUCAUGGUAUGAAUCUAUCCCAUAUAUUGAUACAUUUGAAAAUUUAAACAAUCGACUCAAAGAUUACAUUGUCCUCCACUGUCAUCGUCGACAAACUCAUCUAAUCGAACCUGUGUAUAUGCCUGUGCCAAGUGAUUCACCAGAUCAUGGGACCAAUAAAAAGCAUGGAUCACUGUAUGAUGACUUAGUGGAACAGAAGCAGAAGUUACUCUUAUCUAAUUCAUCAGAUGAACAACAAGAUGAUAUAUUAUUAGCUUUGUAACAGAGCGAACUAUACGAAAUACAUCAGCUUCUUGUCUUUGUAAAUUAGAUUCUUUUAAUUUAUAUUGAGUAAGUUUAUUUUACUUUAUUUGGGGUAAGUGGGAUGAGUGUUGCAUUUUCAUUCCCUUUCUCUUCUUCUUCCUCCCGCCUUUCCAUUUUUAUCUCUGACUUUCUAUAAAAUGUCAUCGGUUUAAUGAUAUUUGUUGUUUUUAUGCCUCUUUUAUUAUAUUAUUCCGGUGCCUUGAUGGAUGUGUUUCAUCCAUGCUGUUGCUAGUUACACAAUAUCUCAAUAUUCUUCUAUACGUGUACACGCUGAACAAAUAAGUAACACAACUAUUCCCUGUCUGUUCCAACCUCCUCUCCCAUUUUAUCUAUUGGUGCUUGUUUUUCUCUUCAAUUUUUCAUUGUUUUUAUCAUCUGGGGAGAAAAAAACCGCAUCAGUUUGACUGGGUUUCAUUAUUUAUCUGGUAAUAAAAUAUAAUUUUUUUAAAGAA